GAGAGAGAGAGAGAGCGAGGACAGGCAGAGGACCAAAGGCAGCGUUAUAGAGGGGGAGCAGCAACAACUAACAAGAUAAUAGGAGAUCCGCGUGGGAACGACAGCCCACAGGAAGCAGAAGUGGAGGCACAGAGGAGCCGUGUGCAUUUCAAACGUGACAGAGCCCGACGUCCGUGUGUCUGCGCUCCCGGUGUGUGUCCACGGUUCUCCCGGCCGUGGCAGCCAUGGCAUCGGAGCCCAGCACCCAGUCCAGGGUGAUGUUCCAGAGCUCGGACAAGACGGAGGAGCCGCCGCACCGCAAGCUGGGAAAGCUGACGGUCAAGUACAACCGCAAAGACCUGCAGAAGAGGCUGGACAUAGAGGAGUGGAUCGACGGGCAGCUGCACCUGCUGUUUGACUGUGAGGAAGAAGACAUACCAGAGCUAGAGAUCGACAUCGACGAGCUCCUGGAGCUGUCAGACGAGGGCCAGAGGAGCCGGCUGCAGGAGUUAUUGCAGGAAUGUGGGAAACCAAAGGAGGAUUUUAUCAAUGGGCUACUCUACAGGAUAAAAGGUCUACGCAAAAUGUCUGGUCCCUUCAAGAAAUAAUAACGGGUCAACCCAGAAAUGAGACCAUGCGGAGCGUCUCCCCAUCCCCCACAUGAUAACUACCUGGAUGCCUGUGUCACAGUGGGACUCUCCUCUUGCCCUCUGGGCCCGUCUCAGCUCAGCAUCAGUCCACAGAAGCCAGGUUUUUUUAAUUACUACAUUUUAAUUUAUAGACUGCUAAAACAUUUUGUGUACUAUAAACAUUAGGAUGAUGCACAUGAGCUAAAAGUACUGGAUAUAACACUGGCUAACUGUUUUUGUGUAAGACUGUACAUUUUCAGUUGCCUAUUUAUGUACAUAAAUAUUUUUGUUCUGAUAACAUAGUCAUAUGUCAAAAUAAAACUGAACAUUUUCAAGA